AUGGAGGCCGUCAGCGCCCUCAAGAGCAUCGCUGAGGCCCUCGAGGCCAAGUCGCAGAACGGCGGUGAUGGGGUCGCUAUCCUGAGCUCAGGUGUCGGGUGCAGCCCCGACACUUGCACCGCGAAUAGGACGGCGGGUGCUGCCGACUGGCACGCCGCCCCCUGGGCUCCACAGGUGCCAGGCAAGCAUGGAAGCGUUUCCCAGGUGCCCACAAGAUUUGUUCCUGCCAGUGAGGUGCCGGGAGGCCACAGCCAGUGGCUGGGUGGACACGCCGCGUUUGACAUCGCAAGCCUGUGUGUUGGGGGCGCUGAAUCGGCCCUUCAGGGAAAAACUGUGGGUGAGGGAGGCGGCCAUCUUGUGGGGCGGCCAACACCUGCAGCGUGCUCGUCACGACCCGGCAGCCGGUUGCCAGGGGACAGCACCUGGAUCCUUCCUCCCCAAGGUGCUUCCCUUGACGCUGGGGAGCCCAAAAUGGCAGCGGCAGGCCCCGUUGGGCAUGCGGUGCAGAUGCCCAACGCCCCGGCCAAGGAGGUGGGCAGGGGAGAGAGGCCGGCGUCACAGCAGUCCAGGAUGUCCGACGUGCAUGGAAUCUUGAAGCGCAACAACUCCAAGCUCAGCAUGUUGGAGCGCAUCCGGACAGCGUCUGGAAAGCUGGAUGCCGACACCUUGGAGGAAUUCCUCAGGAAGUAUGUUGCAGGAGACAGGAGCGAUGUUGGCUCACAAGGCCACCGUGGCGAUGAUGGAAAUUCAGGGCGUGACGAGCGGACGGCACCGCAGGGUGUGAAACUGGGCCAUCAAACCAGCGACACCUUCACAGUGGCGAGUUCGCUGGCACAGAUCGAUGAGAAAAGCGGCAGCGACGCCGGCAGCGAGCCCGGCAGCGAGCCUGCUGCCCAUCCCGACCCUCUUUUGGCCACCCCAAGAGAGUCCAGUGUCAUUGCCACAGCAUCAGUGCUGUCAGCAGCUGGAGGCCAGGCGCCCAGCACGAGCGAACGGUCUGACGCCAAGGCGGGAGUCACCCGCUCCAAGAGGCCCAGUUCAGUGCCGCCGGGGAUCUCUGGUGCGAGGCAGACGCCCCUGGUCGACGACGGCGACACCCUUGACAUUGAGAUGCGCAAACUCACUCGGAGGCACUCGUCGAGGUCGACCGUGUCGUUGGGCAUUCGCAGCGACCGCAGCUUAGUCACAGACACUCGCUGGCUUGCUGCACUUUAA